AUGAAGUCGGAGGCUACGCAGCAAACUCAACCGUCAGAUGGUUCAGAUCCGAUCAACAAACAAAAGGGACACAACAUUAAGGACACAAAACAAUCUCUCACUGGCCAAGAUCAAUCAGGAAUUGCAUCCGUCAUGGGAUUCGCCACAUUUGGUUCCACCAAAAACAAAAAAGUGCAGCCCAAGAAAAGUGGUGGGAAGAGAGUGGAGAAGAAACCAAAUAACCUUAAAUAUAGGCAAUAUGUCAAUAAAAAUAAGAAGAAAGUAACUCAGGAUUAG